AGCCUAGGGAGUAGUCUGUUCGUGUUCGGGGGAUGGGACGGGAAGGAGGCGUUGAGGACGUGCCUCAAGUUGGACGUGCAGAGGAACGAGUGGGCCAGCAUCGCCCCGAUGGUGUCGGCGAGGCAGGCGAUGGGAUGCUGUGUGGCUAGAGGAAAGUUCAUUUACGUUAUGGGAGGGUAUGACGGGUCGAAGAAUCUUAACAGCAUGGAGAGGUACAACACGUUGACAGGAGCGUGGAAUGAAGUUGCCAGCAUGCACAACAGCCGGAGGGGAUGCGCAGCUGUGUCGUACGACGAGAUGGCGUUCGCCAUCGGGGGCAGCGACUCCACGGGCGUGUUGAAUAGCAUCGAAUGCUAUCACAUCUACACCAACGUCUGGCGCUGCCUCCCUCCCAUGCAGGUGCCGAGGAGGCUAGCAGGAGCUGCGGCGCUCAACGACGCCAUCUACGUGCUUGGAGGAUGGGAUGGGGUGAGGGCUCUUGCCUCCUGCGAACGGUUCAGCAUCUCGUUGGAGGCCUGGGAGAGGUGCGAGCCCAUGGCAGAGAGUCGGCAUGGCGCUGCUGUGGUGGAGGUGAGGGACAAGGUGUGGGUGAUAGGGGGGUGGGAUGGUGUUUCAACUGCCAGGUCCAACUCGGUC